GUGGUAGGUUCCAAGUUGGGAUAAUGCAAUUUGCAUCUUAAGAGGCUGUAAUGCCAGUUAUAAAAAAAUGUCUUUCGUACGCGGAUAAUAAUGUAAUUAAAUUAGUUGUCAAAUGAUUUUUUUUUUUUUUGAACAAAUGAUAUUAUACAUUAAGGUAGAGAGGACCCUGACUUAACCUCACAAUGAGCUAGCAAUAAUGUGAUUCAAUCAGUUGUUUUUUAUUUUUUAUUUUUUCUUUUUGAACAAACGAUAUUAUUUACAAUAAGGAGAAAUGGGAAUGGGCUUGGUCUAUAAAAGGACGUUGAUUUCUGCAUCCGUAAUUAUGCGAAAGCCAUAAACACUUCCAUAACAGAAAACAUAAGUUGUCAUGGGAAUGGAAUCGCGCCGAUCGAAGUUCAUUUCUGUACGUUGUUUUACUUUGCUAUUAAUCAUUGCUACUCAAUUUUCUCUCUCUGUGCAGACGCAGACAAUUUGUCACGACGAUGAGCGCUCUGCCUUGUUGCAAUUCAACGACAGCUUCACGAUAGACGAGUCAGCUUCUGCACUUCCUUCUGCUUAUCCAAAGGUUGCAUCUUGGACACCAGAAGGAGAUGCUCAGAAUCAGACAAGUGACUGUUGUUCGUGGGAUGGUGUCGAGUGUGAUGAGGUCUCUGGCCAUGUUAUUGGCCUUGACCUAAGAAGUAGCUGUCUCUAUGGUUCUAUCAACUCCAGCAGCAGCCUCUUUCAACUUGUUCACUUGCAGAGUCUUGACCUCUCAGAUAACAACUUCAAUUUUUCCCAAAUACCAUCAAGAUUGGGGCAUGAUCUUGCGAGCCUAACGUAUCUCAACCUUUCAAAGUCUUUUUUUUCUGGCGAAAUUCCAUCAGAAAUUUCAAUGCUAUCCAAGCUCUCAACCCUUGCUCUGUCAACCAGUCAGAAGUUUCCCAACCGUAAAAACAUUUUGAAACUGACCAAGACCAACUUGAUAAGCCUAGUUCAAAAUGUGACCAAGAACAUUGAACAACUUCAUCUUGAUUUGGUAGACAUAUAUUCCACUCUGCCUGAUGUUUUGGUCAAUGCAUCUUCUCUCAUAUCCCUCAGACUCGCUCAAUGUGGGUUGUAUGGGGAAUUCCCAGUUGGUGUUUUCCACCUACCAAGCUUACAAGUUCUUCUUCUGUCCGACAAUUUGAACCUAACCGGUUAUUUUCCUAACUUCAACAAGACCAAUUCCUUCAAGACAUUGGAUGUUUCGAACACGAAUUUCUAUGGUCAAUUGCCCUCUUCUAUCGGAAACCUUCAUUCCUUAAAUGUGCUAGAACUCUCAUACUGUACCUUUUAUCCUAGUCUUCCAUCCUCACUCAAAAACCUUACCCAACUCAGUUACCUUGACAUUUCCGCAUUUUACGACUCUCACGAAAACUUUUCCACAAGUCAAUUACCUUCUUAUCCCUGGUUUUGGGUUGGAAAGCUAACAAACCUUUCCCACUUGGGCCUUUGUUAUGCUAGAAGGGGAGACUUCCCAGCUUUUCUGGCUAACUUGACCCAACUCGCAUACCUAAACUUGGGGCACAAUGAAAUGACUGGUCCAAUCCCUUCUUGGCUCAUGAACUUGUCCCAACUAAGCCAUCUAGACCUCUGGGAUAACAAAUUACAAGGAGAAAUUCCUCAAUCGUUCUUCCGAUUACGAAAUCUUCAAUUCCUUGACCUUUCCCUUAACAACUUGAGUGGAUUGGUUGAAGUUGAUCAACUUUCUAAGCUCAAAUUUUUAGAGGUUCUUCGCUUAUCACGUAUUAAGUUAUCUCUGAAUUUCAAAACCAAUAUGAGCGCUGCUUUUCCUAAGCUUCAGGUUCUAAUGCUGGAUUCGUGCAACUUGACAGAGUUUCCAGAAUUUUUACAUGAUCAAUACGAGUUGACCAGCCUCGGCCUUCCCAACAACAACAUUCGGGGCCAAAUACCGAAGUGGUUGUGGAAUGCAACUAGAGAAACAAUGUUGAAUCUCAAUCUUGCCAACAACUCUUUAACAGGGUUUGAGCAAGAUCCAGGCACUUUUCCGUGGCAGAAUCUGUUGAUCAUUUCUCUCAGCCUUAACAAGUUACAAGGAUCACUGCCAAAUCCUCCACAAUCCAUCGUAAUUUAUGAAGUUGCAGACAAUUGUUAUAGUGGAGAAGUAUCACCGUCAUUCUGCAACUUGAAUGAUCUGCAUAUUCUUGAUUUGUCCAACAAUAACUUGAGUGGCAAGCUUCCGCAGUGUUUGGGGAACUCCAGUAAUCUUGGAGUACUGAGUCUGCAUAACAAUUCCUUUCACGGUGGUCUUCCUUCGUUAUGUUCAACUGUAAAUAGUAGUUUGGAAUCGGUUGAUUUAAGUUAUAACCAGUUAGGGGGAAAGCUACCAAGAUCAAUUGCCAAUUGCACUCAGUUGGUGUUUCUCAACAUUGCAAACAAUCACAUCAGCGACAUCUUCCCAUCUUGGUUGGGGGCACUUCCAGUCUUAUGGGCUCUCAUUUUGCGGUCUAAUGGAUUUCAUGGCGUGAUUGGUAACCCUGCAACAACCCAUGAGUUCCCCAAGCUCUGCAUAAUCGAUUUGUCUAACAACGACUUUUCUGGUAUAUUGCCCUCAAACUACUUUGAGAACUGGAAUUCCAUGAAAUUUGUUGGCAAAAGCAAGCACACGUACUUUGAGACCUUCUCGUCCAUCAACUCACAUGGAGAUUUAAUCGACUUUGAAAGUGUAUUCCCGCUCAUAAUCUUUGGCAAAGGUGUUGAGUUGAAAUAUGAAAUGACCCCAAAUCUUCUCAAACUGAUAGAUCUAUCAGGUAAUAAAUUUGACGGAGAGAUUCCAGCAGGUGUUAUUGGGAAUCUAAGAGGCCUUGUUUUGCUUAACCUUUCGAAUAACGGUCUCACCGGUCAAAUCCCCUCAUCGUUGGGGAACUUGAAUAUGCUCGAGUCAUUAGAUCUCUCCCACAACCAGCUCUCAGGAAGGAUCCCCAGUAAUCUGGCGCAACUCACUUUCCUUGCAUAUUGGGAUGUGUCUCAUAAUCUUCUUUGGGGGCCAAUACCAGUGGGCAAACAAUUUGACACAUUCGAAAACGAUUCAUACGAAGGAAACUCGGGUUUGUGUGGAAAGCCUUUGUCAAGGAAAUGUGAAACGCCGCCACCACCAUCAGCCGUGGAAGAAGAUGAAGACUCUGGGUUCGAAAUUGGACUAGAUUGGUAUGUGGUUCUGCCAGGAGUUGUCAGUGGUCUAAUAGUAGGGGUGGUUGCUGGGAAUACACUGGCAAACAAGAAGCGUGAAUGGUUUGUCAAGAAAUUCAGCAGGAGGCGGCAGCCAAGACGCAGGAGGAGGAGGAGGGGAUAAAGUGCUUUUUAGUCCUUGUAAAUUUGAUCUCCAUGUUUAGUUGUUGUUUAAGUUGUUAUGGGGUUGAGUCUGUUGCAUUUUGUUAUCCUUUACAAUUCAUAGAUGUUAAGUUGUUACCGCGGGUCUCCGAAAUGACCCGUGCGUUUGUAAUAUAUUAUUGGGCAAAAUAAUGAAACACGUAUA